UUUAAAAUCUCAUGGAGUAGCUACAUCUUUACUUUACCUGGUGGGCACAUCUCGCCCAUUCUCGUUGCAUCAGAAAAGCUUGGAAUACGCAUUGUUGACACACGUCAUGAGGUUUCAACGGUCUUUGCUGCUGAUGCUGUUGCCCGCAUGUCUGGCACAGUUGGCGUAGCAGCUGUUACUGCUGGCCCUGGACUCACCAAUACUGUUACGGCUGUAAAGAAUGCUCAGAUGGCAGAGAGUCCUGUUCUACUAAUUGGUGGAGCUGCAGCCUCUAUCUUGAAGGGUCGAGGAGCGCUUCAGGAUAUAGAUCAGAUGUCACUCUUUAAGCCUCUGUGCAAGUACUGCGCAACUGUCACCUCAGUAAGAGAUAUUGUGCCCGUUGUCCGGCGAGCUUUACAGGAGGCCCAGAGUGGGACACCAGGUCCAGUGUUCAUUGAAUUUCCCAUUGAUGUGUUGUAUCCAUACCACAUGGUUGCUAAGGAGAUUGGUGUCAAAGGAGAGGGCAAGUCCUUCAUGCAAAAGGUUGUAAACUGGUAGGUGAUGCAUAACAAGAUUUUUU